GGCACAACACGGGAGGAAGUUACAUCAGAAGUUUUAGUGGUCUUACGCCUCGCGUAAAAAAUAAAACAAUAAAAACAAUACAGAAAAAAAACAUUAUAUUGAUAUACUUAAAAUGCGACCAAAAUCGGCGGGUGCUAAAAUUAAGUAUCCAUAUCAACCUACACUUGGUGUAAAAACUGAUUUUGAAAAGUUACUGCAGAAUUUUACAUCAGCGGGUACAGUGCGAUAUGAAAAGUUUGCAGAAUGUUGGCGAGAACUGAAUAUGGGGUGUUUUUGUGCAGGAAGACAGUCCAAAAGAGAAACAAGAGAGUUUGUAGAGCAAUGCUUCCACAUUGCCACACAAUUCUGGUUACCACCGUCAUCGUUCCUUGUGCGGGCCGGAGCACUUUAUCUCCUCUAUGGACUUUAUCAUUAUCAGCUUGUUAUGCCAAAAGUAAAGAUCCGAGUUACACCAGAACAGUGGAAGACAAUAAUGGAGUACCAGGAGGAAGCUAGAGAACAGCAGCAUCUUGAUCUUGAUUACGUCUUCCAGAAACUGCUGCUCGAUAAAGCUUUCCAGUUUGUGGCUACUCCAGAAGAGGUCAGUCUUAAACAGAGAGGAAGUGACGACAACAAAAUCAUUCCAGACAGUAUGAAAGAAGAAACCAGUAUGCUGGAUGAAAUAUUCUCAAGCUCCUCAUUAAAUCAACUUUCAUUGGUACAUGAUCAGUACCAGAAGAUGAAGUUGGCCAUUCAUGGGGAGGAUGCUGCUGAGCCAGAUACCUCACUCAAUAUUGUACACUCUGACCUUAUUACUGGUAUCUAUAAAACUCUUCAGACCCACAGAGUUAGACAGGCUGGUCUCAAAAAUAAAGAAAAGAACAUAGAGAGUACAGAAGAUGAAGAAGAAAUUUUGACUGCAGAAUCUCAGUCAGUGAAAAAGAAGUUGAAACAAAAAGCUUUUGAGCAAAGUACUGGUGGGUACAGAGAACUUCCUGGCAGAGGUGAAAAACGCAAGAGUGAAGGUAGACAGGAUAUUAGAUAUUGA